CACCCCCGGCCCCGCGCCCCCGGCCCGCCCGCGCCAUGGAGCCCGGCCGCGGCGGCACAGAGACCGUGGGCAAGUUCGAGUUCUCCCGCAAGGAUCUGAUCGGCCACGGCGCCUUCGCGGUGGUCUUCAAGGGCCGCCACCGCGAGAAGCACGAUUUGGAGGUCGCCGUCAAGUGCAUUAACAAGAAGAACCUCGCCAAAUCUCAGACCCUGCUGGGGAAGGAAAUCAAAAUCCUGAAGGAACUGAAACAUGAAAACAUCGUGGCCCUGUACGACUUCCAGGAAAUGGCUAAUUCUGUCUACCUGGUCAUGGAGUACUGCAACGGUGGGGACCUGGCCGACUACCUGCACACCAUGCGCACGCUGAGCGAGGACACCAUCAGGCUCUUCCUGCAGCAGAUCGCGGGCGCCAUGCGGCUUCUGCACAGCAAGGGCAUCAUCCACCGCGACCUGAAGCCGCAGAACAUCCUGCUGUCCAACCCCGCGGGCCGCCGCGCCAACCCCAACAGCAUCCGCGUCAAGAUCGCUGACUUCGGCUUCGCGCGGUACCUCCAGAGCAACAUGAUGGCGGCCACACUGUGCGGCUCCCCCAUGUACAUGGCCCCCGAGGUCAUCAUGUCCCAGCACUACGACGGGAAGGCGGACCUGUGGAGCAUCGGCACCAUCGUCUACCAGUGCCUGACGGGGAAGGCGCCCUUCCAGGCCAGCAGCCCCCAGGACCUGCGCCUGUUCUACGAGAAGAACAAGACGUUGGUCCCCAUCAUCCCCCGGGAGACCUCGGCCCCGCUGCGGCAGCUGCUCCUGGCUCUGCUCCAGCGCAACCACAAGGACCGCAUGGACUUCGAUGAGUUUUUCCAUCACCCUUUCCUCGAUGCCAGCCCCUCCGUCAGGAAGUCCCCACCGGUGCCUGUGCCCUCGUACCCAAGUUCGGGGUCCGGCAGCAGCUCCAGCAGCAGCUCCACCUCCCACCUGGCCUCCCCGCCGUCCCUGGGCGAGAUGCAGCAGCUACAGAAGACCCUGACCUCGCCGGCUGACGCCGCUGGCUUCCUGCACAGCUCCCGGGACUCUGGCGGCAGCAAGGACUCCUGUGACACAGACGACUUUGUCAUGGUCCCCGCGCAGUUUCCAGGUGACCUGGUGGCUGAGGCGCCCAGUGCCAAACCCCCGCCAGACAGCCUGAUGUGCAGUGGGAGCUCACUGGUGGCCUCUGCGGGCCUGGAGAGCCACGGCCGGACCCCAUCUCCAUCCCCACCCUGCAGCAGCUCCCCUAGUCCCUCAGGCCGGGCUGGCCCGUUCUCCAGCAGCAGGUGCGGCGCCUCCGUCCCCAUCCCAGUCCCCACGCAGGUGCAGAACUACCAGCGCAUCGAGCGAAACCUGCAGUCACCCACCCAGUUCCAAACACCUCGGUCCUCUGCCGUCCGCAGGUCAGGCAGCACCAGCCCCCUGGGCUUUGCAAGGGCCAGCCCUUCGCCUCCUGCCCACGCUGAGCAUGGAGGCGUCCUGGCCAGGAAGAUGUCUGUGGGUGGGGGCCGGCCCUACACGCCAUCCCCUCAAGAUCUCUCUUUUCUCCAAGUUGGAACCAUCCCUGAGCGGCCAGGCUGGAGUGGGACGCCCUCCCCACAGGGAGCGGAGAUGCGGGGUGGCAGGUCCCCUCGUCCAGGCUCCUCUGUGCCCGAGCACUCUACCCGCACUUCCGGGCUGGGCUGCCGCCUGCACAGUGCCCCCAACCUGUCUGACCUGCACGUCGUCCGCCCCAAGCUGCCCAAACCCCCCACGGACCCCCUGGGAGCCGUGUUCAGCCCCCCACAGGCCAGCCCUCCCCAGCCGUCCCACGGGCUGCAGUCCUGCCGGAACCUGCGGGGCUCACCCAAGCUGCCUGACUUCCUGCAGCGAAACCCCCUGCCCCCCAUUCUGGGCUCCCCCACCAAGGCUGUGCCCUCCUUCGACUUCCCAAAGACCCCCAGCUCCCAGAACCUGCUGGCCCUCCUAGCCCGGCAGGGCAUGGUGAUGGCGCCCCCUCGAAACCGGACACUGCCCGACCUCUCGGAGGUGGGACCCUUCCAUGGUCAGCCACUGGGCCCUGGCCUGCGGCCAGGCGAGGACCCCAAGGGUCCCUUUGGCCGGUCUUUCAGCACCAGCCGCCUCACUGACCUGCUCCUUAAGGCAGCGUUUGGGACGCAAGCCCCAGAGCCGGGCAGCACGGAGAGCCUGCAGGAGAAGCCCAUGGAGAUCGCACCCUCAGCUGGCUGUGGAGGGAGCCUGCACCCAGGAGCCCGCGCUGGGGGCGCCAGCAGCCCCUCCCCGGUAGUCUUCACCGUGGGCUCUCCCCCGAGUGGGAGCACGCCGCCCCAGGGCCCCCGCACCAGGAUGUUCUCAGUGGGCUCCACUGGCUCCGCUGGCUCUUCUGCCCGCCACCUGGUGUCUGGGGCCUGCAGCGAGGCCCCAGCCCCCGAGCUCCCUGCUCCAGGACAUAGCUGCAGCUUUGCCGACCCCAUUGCUGCCAACCUGGAGGGGGCUGUGACCUUCGAGGCCCCCGACCUCCCUGAGGAGACCCUCAUGGAGCAAGAGCACACCGAGAUCCUGCGUGGCCUGCGCUUCACGCUGCUGUUCGUGCAGCACGUCUUGGAGAUCGCAGCCCUGAAGGGCAGCGCCAGCGAGGCGGCCGGGGGCCCUGAGUACCAGCUGCAGGAGAGUGUGGUGGCCGACCAGAUCAGCCUGCUGAGCCGAGAAUGGGGCUUUGCGGAGCAGCUGGUCCUGUACCUGAAGGUGGCCGAGCUACUGUCCUCCGGCCUGCAAACUGCCAUCGACCAGAUCCGGGCCGGCAAGCUCUGCCUGUCGUCCACCGUGAAGCAGGUGGUGCGCAGGCUGAACGAGCUGUACAAGGCCAGCGUGGUGUCCUGCCAGGGCCUGAGCCUGCGGUUGCAGCGCUUCUUCCUGGACAAGCAGCGGCUCCUGGACCGCGUCCACAGCAUCACUGCCGAGAGGCUGAUCUUCAGCCACGCCGUGCAGAUGGUGCAGUCGGCCGCCCUGGACGAGAUGUUCCAGCACCGUGAGGGAUGCGUCCCGCGCUACCACAAGGCCCUGCUGCUCCUGGAAGGGCUGCAGCACAUGCUCUCAGACCAGGCCGACAUCGAGAACGUCGCCAAGUGUGAGUGCCAGGCUGGGCUGGGGGCUGAGGGCUCUGGGCGUCUCCCUCACGCUCCCCCCUCUCCCUCCACAGGCAAGCUGUGCAUUGAGCGGAGACUCUCGGCGCUGCUGACUGGCAUCUGUGCCUGACCUUUUUUGGUCUGGCUGGGCCCUGGUCCUGCCGAGCCCUGCAGGGUGGGCUCUGUGCUGGCUGGACUCCUCGGGACAAGCCCAUGGCACUGAUCGCUGGUGCUGAGCCCUGCCCUGGGCCCCACGGACAGUCAGCCUGCCGGCCUCCCUGCAGGUCAUGGGGCAGAACCAGCACACCUGGAGCCACACAGCUUGGGGGUGUCUCCCGUCUUGUACAGGUGGGGAUCACAGAACUUCUGCCCCUCUGGCUGCCUGGCACAGCAGGCGUGGGUGCCACCACCCUCUAGCCCCGGGGCAGCCCUGGAGGACAGGCAAGGGCCUGAGACCGCUGCCGACUCAAAGCCAAAGCGAGCUCCUGCUUCGGGCAGGUCAGCAGUCACUGUGCCCAGGAAGAGCCUGCGGCCUCAGCGUCCCCCAGUCUCCAGGAGCCUCUCCCUCCGAGAUACCCACCCAGCUUUGUCAAUCACCCAAGCACUUUAUGCAGAUAGAGACAGAAUCUGGACCUCACCAGGGACUGCUGGGCGGUGAUUCCUGGCAGUGGCCUGGUGUUUGUACAUACACAUAAGCGGACACAUGCCAGGGCCCCCAAGCCUGAGCACCGGACCACGGAGCUGCCCAGGUCUGGACCUCAAGGGGAGAACUGGCUCCGGGGUGAGUGGGGCCCUGCACCAGAGGCAGAGGCAGUUCUUUGUUCAAGCGUUCCUCUAGGGACCGGCAGCGGAGGCACCGUGUUCUCUAAGCCCUGGAUACGUCUUGUAAUCUUUCACACUUUAUUCCUAAAAUGUGUCUUAUUUUUAUGCAGCUAAUUUUUUCUUUAAAGGAGAAAACUUGUAGGUGUUUAAGAAUUGGUUUUGGGAGGGCGAGGACUGGGCCAGGUUAGAGGCAGAUGGCGCAGGGGCGUAUGGCCGGUAGGUGAGGCUGCUCUGUGCACACCUGGGUCGGUGGCUGCAGCAGGACAGGUGUGUGCCCAGCACCCUCCCCACCUGGGCCUGGGGGCAGAUGAGGGGAAUACUUCAUGCAAGGAAAAAAGUAACAUAUGCAAAAGCUCCCCGUCCAUCUUUGACAGCCAGCUGUGGUGUCAGCCCCUCGGCAGGGUAGGCCUGAUGACAGCCCUGUCCCUCCCUGCCUCGGCCUUGCUCAGGGCCACUGAAGGUGUCCGCAGAGGCCUGCCUUCCGGAUUCCAGGCGGGCACGUGCUGCAAACCCUGCCUGGGCCUCCCUUGGUCUGCCCAGCCUGGAUCAGUAGAUACUUGAACGAGUCCCCAGUCUGCGGGAGGCAGCGGUGGGGCCAUGGACCCACGCGGGGGGUUCCAGGGUCACACACCACAUAACAGACAAAAAUACACACAUGUGUGUUUUUCUUUGCAAUACUUGAAAUAUUGCCACUGUGCUUGGACUUAGAAGAAGAAAAUCCCCGUGAUUUCUUCCUCAUCACCUUGAUGGCUUUAUUCUCACCUUGUGGGGCAUGUUAGUAUUUAUUGCUUCAUGGCCGACUGGAAUCUUGAGUCUUGGGAAGCUGGCACUACGGGGAUCUUGCCUGGCGUCCUGGUCCUCUUGCUUCCGUCGUGGCCGCGUGUGCGUGUGUCCAAGCAGGUCCUGGGCGCCUCAACUGCCGCCCCUGGUUGAAUGUUCUGUUGAUAGUGUUGGACCCUUUGUCUAUUUUAAAGCAAAUUUUGUGUGAUUUCCUGCCCUUUGCGUUAUAUUGUGUAAUAUCAAUUUAAGGAAAUAAACCUUUGGAAUUGUU